AUGGGUCCCGUCUCCAAACGUCGCAAGACUUCUAAAGUCGAAGAGGUCAAUUUCGACGCCAGUGCCCGCGAGGAAUAUCUGACUGGGUUUCGGAAGCGAAAGCAACAGCGCAUUAAGAAUGCACAAGAAAUAGCGGCGCAGAAAGCCAAAGAGGAGAAGCGCAUGGAUCGCAAGAAGCUGCGCGAAGAUCGGGCUGCUGAGUUCAACCGAGCGAUGGAGGAGCACAAAUUGGCGCUUAAGCGCCUUAGGGAGGAAGACAACAGCGACGCUGGCGUCUCUAACUCUGACGAGGAGAGCGACGGGGAGUGGGAGGGCUUUGAGGAACCGCCGGCGGUGGACUACGAGGCCGAAUACAUCGACGAAGACAAGUACACUACCGUGACCGUGGAGGAAAUGGACUCAUCGCGAGAGGGUCUGCGCAAGUCGAUACAGGAACAAGACUCCGAGGACGAGAACGAGGACAAAAAGCGCGAAUCCGCCAAGCCGACUGAGGAAGAGGCCAAGCCGACCCAGAAGCGAAAGGUGACAACCGACAAGCCCAAGAAGAAGAAAAAGCAGUUCCGCUACGAAAGCAAGCAGGAUCGCAAGCUCACCGCGGCCAAGCAGCGGCUAACAAAGUCCAAGAAGGCUCAGGCACGGAGGGAGCGGUGA